AAAAUAGUUAUUAUCCACUAUCUAUCAGUUUUGGUUCAGUUCAACCAACUCAACUUAGUUUACUAUAAAGUUGUGUACUCAAAUAUUCAUUUAUUUUAGUUUACGUUCCUGAACAUAUUUCAAAGCAGAAAUUCCAAUAUAAGGGAACUUUUGGUGUUGAGUGUACUGACUUAAGUGAGUUUAAAGCAAAUAGUUGAAAUUCAAAAAUGGAGUUACUACGGCGAUAGUUAAGACCAAUUGUUGAUCAAUCAAUCAAUAAUGGCUUACCGUACAGAAUUUCCUGAAGACAUGGAAAGAGAGGAAAGGACGGCGGAGGUGGGUGAGAAACCCACCCACAUAAUGGAACAUUUAGCAACAUUCACAGUAACCAAAGAAACAGGAAUAAUCUACCCAGCCGAUGGCAUGAGAAGAUUACUUCAACUAGAGAAGACCAAUGGAAUUUGGUCCCAGAAGAUGCAGCUUUGCCUCGACCGUUCUUGGGUCCUUAUAAUGGACUAUGAGACAGGGACCAUCAUGGAAAGAUUUCCUGUGAAUUCUAUCCAAGAACCCACAGCAUUCACAAGCCAUGACCCAAUGGAGAUGUACAACAACAUACUGGUUUUCAUAGUGGCUGACUCAAAUCAGUCUCACCCUCCAGAAAUGCACAUUUUCCAGUGCCAAAGCAUCUCAGCCCAAGACCUAGUAGAAGACUUGAAGCAAAUCAGAUUGGGCAAGACCAUAUCAAAGAGUAGAAGAACAAAUAUUCCACCCCCUUCCCACAAAUCUCCACAAAACAUAGUCAAUCCCGUGCGCGAUCAUCAAAGAGAAUACGUAGGAUCAGAUUCUGAGCAAGUCAACGACGACGCCAGUUCUACAGCUAGCGAAAAAUACGAAAGAGAUGUCACCAUACUAAAUCACUGUUUCGAUGAUAUCGAAAAAUUCAUAGCCAGACUUCAACACGCCGCUGCAGCAGCUAGAGAACUUGAGAGGAGGAGAAGGAACAGGAAGUCCAAGAAGAGGGAUAUGGGUGAUGGAAUGUUGACCAUGCGAACAAAACCUCCACCAGAAAGAGAGUUUAUAGAUAUAUUCCAGAAGUUCAAGCUUUCCUUCAAUCUUCUAGCCAAGCUGAAAGCUCAUAUACACGAUCCAAAUGCUCCAGAGCUUGUUCAUUUUCUGUUUACGCCUCUAGCUCUCAUAGUGGAAGCUGCGCAUGAUACGUAUUUCGAUGCGCAUCUGCCACAUAAGGUAGUGUCUCCACUAUUGACAAGAGAAGCUAUCAAUCUUCUGAUGAAUUGUGUCACAAGUAAGGAAACUGAGUUGUGGCAUUCUCUGGGUAACGCCUGGUUGAUUCCUAGAGACCAGUGGAAAAGUCAUGUACCUCCUUAUCAUCCUGUAUUCAUGGAUAAGUGGUCUCCUGAGUAUCCAGUCAGUGAUGAAAUCGAAGAGAAGCACUACAGGGAAUCGCAUAGUGAACCUAAUUAUAGUACUGAAUACAAUGAUUUUGAUCCUGAUAAUAUGUUUGAUAGAGGCUAUGAACCACCUCAUGAGAGAGAACCUAAAAGGGAACCACCUAGGGAAGCUCCAGCGGCUAUCAGAGAUACAAGAAGCGAAAUAUCCGUUGACUCUAUUGAGAGAAGUGGAGAAGAGAUGAGUUUUACAAGGAGUCAAGAGCUGUUCUUAGAUGAGCUACAAGCCAAAGGCGCUCAUAUUGUCCAGGUGACCUAUCCACGAACUGCUAACAAUGACAAAGAAAUGACCGUUGUUCGUGGAGAAUUCUUAGAGAUACUCGACGAUAGUAGAAAAUGGUGGCGCGCAAGAAACAGCAGAGGACAAAUUGCCUAUGUACCACACACUAUAGUGAGCCGUUAUCAAGGCACCAAUGAUGUUUUCAGCAAUCCACUAUACACACAUAACAGCAGUUUUAGUAAAAACUCCAACAGAGCUGAUUCCCCUUCAGACCAGUUCACAAUGGGUAAAGUUACCAAUCACAGCGCAGCUCCAUCAUCCAUCUCCACCUCUGCUGAUUGGGUUAGAAAUGAAAGAAUUGAUUCACCUCCUUAUAUUCCACCUCCACCACCACCUCCGCCAUGUUUCGAAUUUUCUAAAACAAAGGAACAGAGCCCGGAGGACAAGGGUGUCCCUGAAAAUGAUGACAUUCAUAGGGAACUCUUCAAUAGGCUAAAUUCCCAAAACGCGAACAAAAAGAAUAUUGGUAUUAGAAAAACACCAGAAUCAUACAUCAAUCAAAGUAGUAGUGCCGCAGAUUUGCAACAAUGGUUGAAAGCAAAACGAUUUGGACCCACAAUUUGUGAAAGAUUAGAAGGCAUAAAUGGUCGUUCAUUAUUUAAUGCUUCGAAAACUGAUUUGGAAAGUAUUUGCGGAGAAAAAGAAGGAAAGAGACUUUUCUCACAGCUUAAUCUACAAAAGAGUUGUAGCGGGUUUACGCUGCGCUCGACAGAAUUACAGGGUAUUCUUGCCAGAGUACGGCAGAAAGUUGAAAAUGGAGCUCAAGAUAACUAAAAAAUCUUACUGGAUUUUCUGAAAACUCAUUUGCCUCUGAAGCAAAUCGAUUAUAUAAGAAUAUUAUAUGUUUAUUGUAAUCCUUCAUAUUUUCCAUAUACUAUAUGCUUUUAUAUCAAUAAAUACGUAUAAAUUCACAAAAAUCAUUACUUUCAAGCAUUAAUUUUGGAUUAAGACUCACCUAAUUGUGAACACCAAGAUCUUGUCCUUAGAAUCACAAAAUAUAUCACAUUCGUGGUUAUUGAAUGAAUAUUGGAAUUCAACGCUUAGAGGCAUAGCUUUCAUUGAUGUUUCUGAUACCUCAGAUACUUCUUAAUACCUCAAGAGCAAAGGCAUUAGGCUCUUUCCAGUCAUAUUGAAAGGAUUUCACAAUUGUUGUUCAGUAUAGCUCUAUUAGUACCAGGAAAAAGGCAUGAUCACUGCAAGGUAAGGUUGAGGUAGGUGAGGAAGUAGAAAAUGUAAUGUAAAGGCAAGAUUGAUGCCUAUAAGUGAAUAAUCAUAUGAAAUAUGCAAUCAUUUAUUCUAUAUUUUCCCUAUACAUUUCUUCGAAUUAUAUCAGUAUCCAGAUGAGAUUUAAACCCUGCAGGUCUUGGGUAAUUCAAGCUGAACAGUUUUGGUGACGGGUUUCUGACUGAAGUCAGGACUUGCACCAUUGUCGAUUUGGUUCUUCCACAAA